UAAAAAUACCAGUUUCAGUUUGUCUUUUGGGGAAGAACCUGGGUUUCAUCAAGUGAGCCCUGUUGGGUGCUAUUUCUUUCUGUCAGGUUUAGGAACAGGUCUUCAACAUUUUGAAUCACCUGUACAUGGAACAGAAGGAUGAUGAUGAUGAUGAUGUGUCUUUUGCCAAAUGGAUGAGCAGCUACUGGGGUCACAGCUGGAGAGAAGAGGAUAAGAGAGGACUCCGGGACCGCCACCGGCCGCAGGAAGCCAGUUACAGGAAAGCCUCCCUGCCCUGCUCAUUCCCAGUGCUUCCCAGUGUCACAUCGUCAGACCAUCUUCCUAGGAGACAUUCUCAUGAAGACCAGGCAUUCCGAAGCCAUACUCACGUGCGAAAUCACAGAAAGCACUCUGGGGAUGGGUCGGGCAAGGAGCCUCUGGAAACCAAAGGAAGAUCCCAUUCCAAAAUUCAGGAAUUUUCAGAGUCCUUUGAACAGCAACUGUGCCUCAGGAGGAGCAAACGCUCUGCCUCUUUGGGACCUGAGAGCAGAAAGGAGAGGAAUGAAAGAGAACGCCUGAGGGUGGAGACCAGACCCCGCAAGAAAGCGGAGGACAGAAGGAGCUCUGGGAAAGAACACAGAGAGGCCUAUGUGGCGCCCCUGUUUGAAAAAGGGUCCAAAUAGGACUGUUUCCACCUCAGCU